GAUCUUGUUCCGGGCCGUUGUUCGCUGUUCCCGGACGUUUCACGCGGGAAAAGGGGGAGCAGAGGAAGCAGAGAUGGGAGACACACUGGAGUUCAACGAGAUUUAUCAGGAGGUGAAAGGAUGCUGGAAUGACGGCAGGUUGAGGUUCAGCAAACAGUCAGUGGUCUACAAAAGCAGUAAAACGGGUAAAGUGGACAGCAUCCAUGCCCCUGACCUGUGUCUCGCACAGUGGCGUCGCGUCUGUCUUGGCCACGGGAUCAAACUGGCCACGAGCAACGGUCACGUCUACAAAUACGACGGCUUCAAAGACACGGACUUUGAGAAAAUCUCCGCAUUUUUUAAGGCCAACUACAAAGUGGAGCUGACAGAAAAGGACAUGUGUGUGAAAGGCUGGAACUGGGGAACCGCUAAAUUCUCAGGUCCGUUGCUGUCGUUCGACGUCAACGACAACCCGGCGUUCGAGAUCCCGCUGGCCAACGUGUCCCAGUGCACCACGGGAAAGAACGAGGUCACGGUGGAGUUCCAUCAGAACGACGACACCGAAGUGUCGCUCAUGGAGGUCCGCUUUUACGUCCCGCCCUCCACCGGAGACGAAGGGACGGACCCUGUAGAGGUCUUUGCCCAGAAUGUUCUCUCUCAGGCAGAUGUUAUUCAGGCUACUGGAGAUGCUGUGUGUAUCUUCAAAGAACUGCAGUGCCUUACACCCAGAGGAAGGUACGAUAUUCGUAUCUAUCCCACAUUCCUACACCUGCAUGGUAAGACGUUUGACUACAAGAUCCCCUACACGACCGUCCUGCGCCUCUUCCUGCUGCCGCAUAAGGACCAGCGGCAGAUGUUCUUUGUGAUCAGCUUGGAUCCACCCAUUAAGCAGGGCCAGACACGCUAUCAUUUCCUCAUCCUCCUCUUCUCCAAAGACGAAGACGUUAACCUCACUCUCAGCAUGAGCGAGGAGGAGGUGGAGAGGCGCUUUGAGGGAAAGCUGAACAAGCACAUGUCCGGCUCUCUGUACGAGAUGGUCAGCAGGGUCAUGAAGGCUCUGGUCAACAGAAAGAUCACGGUGCCCGGAAACUUCCAGGGUCAUUCAGGUGCUCAGUGCAUCACAUGCUCAUACAAAGCUACCUCAGGGCUGCUGUAUCCUCUAGAGAGGGGCUUUAUUUACGUGCACAAACCCCCGGUGCACCUGCGCUUCGAGGAGAUCUCCUGCGUGAACUUCGCCCGAGGCACCACCACCACGCGCUCCUUCGACUUCGAGAUCGAGACCAAGCAAGGCAACCAGUACACCUUCAGCAGCAUCGAGAGGGAGGAAUAUGGCAAGCUGUUUGACUUUGUUAAUGCCAAGAAGCUGAGCAUCAAGAACAGAGGCUUAAAGGAGGACAUAAAGGCGUCCGGAGGCUACAGCGAUUCGGACGAGGAUGAGCAUGACGCUUAUUUGGAGAGGAUGAAGGAGGAGGGUAAAAUCAGAGAGGAAGGUGACGAGUCAGAGGGUGACAGUGACGAGUCCUUCAAUCCUGGUGAGGAAGAUGAUGAUGUUGCUGAAGAGUACGACAGCAAUGCCUCGGCGAGUGACAGCGAGGGAGAGAACGAGGACAGCGAGGACGAAGAAAAAGGGAAGAAGAAAAAAGUGGAGAAGAAGCCCAAGAAACCAGCGAAGGAGAAGAAGGAGAGGAAACCACGCAAAGAGAAGAAGGUGAAAGACGCCGGCGCCCCUAAAAGACCCAUGAGCGCCUACAUGCUAUGGUUGAAUGCGAACAGAGAGCGGAUCAAAUCCGAGUAUCCCGGAAUCUCGGUCACGGACAUCUCGAAGAAAGCCGGCGAGAUGUGGAAGCAGAUUGACAAAAGCCGCAGAGAGGAAUGGGAGAAGAAGGCCGAAGAAGCUAAAAAACAAUAUGACCGAGCAAUGAAAGAAUAUAAAGAAAGUGGGGGAGGAGCUUCGUCAUCUGCAGUCAAUGAAAAGAAGAAGAAAGGCGGGAAAGCGGAUGAGAAGAAAAGGAAGAGCAGUGGAGAGAAGGAGCGAGACAAAGGAGGAAACGAAAGCUUUAAGAGCAAAGAGUUCAUUUCGAGCGAGGAGAGCUCAUCCGAUAGUGAUCACGGAAAAGCCAAAAAGCGCAAGGCUGAUAAAGACGACGAUGAGGAUGAGGAAGAAGUUGCCUCUACACCCCCAAGCUCAGAAGAAGAGUCCGGCUCUGAUUGAGGUCGCGCAUGUGUGCUAGUGUCCUGAGACCGCGAGCUGGCGCAAAGAAUAAACCACCAACCCGCACACCAUGUUUUCUCUGAACGUCAUUUACAGUUCAUUUAAGCAAACGAAUUAUAAAUAGCUUUAAAAAAAAAAACCUAUAUAUUUGUAAAAAUAUUUGUUUUAAGCUUUGGCUCAGGUCGAAAGCUAACCAAAUAAAUAGCCAUUAGUUAGCAUUACAAACUAAUUUUUAACACAACUUGUUUUUGGUGUAUUAAUUGCUCUUCCAAUGAGAGAUUUUUGCUAUUUAUAAUUUCAUUACAUCAAUAUAUGUUUGUUCACGUUCAGGGAAAACGGUGUAUUUCGGUGGCUCAUACUGAUCAGCGUUCAGGUUUUCAGAACACCACUGUUACUUUUCUAUCUUUUUUUCCUUUACACAUACUCUCUCAGGCAUUGCAGUCACGGAUAAUACACACACGUACACACACUGACAUCUUCGGACCAAGUUUUCCAGCCUACUCGAGCACUGGUGUACAUUCGCUAUAUUUGGGAAACCGAGACCACGGUGAGGCGGGUACUGUUUUUCUAAAUCCUGUUGUCUGAAAGCAACAACUCUUUAUUAUCUUUUUCUUACUUGUAGGUAAACUUGAUUUAAGAAGAAUAAAUAAAUCAGGGAUUGUUAGCUUUCUCCUAUUGUGUGCUUUCUUUUUCGUCCCACAUUAAAGUGAAAAUCCUGUACUACAGCUUGAUUUGAAUAUAUGGAUGUCAUGUUUUUGUCCUGUCAUAAUAUCAAUAAAUGUUUUGUAAUAAAAAUUGAA